GUCCAUACACAGAAACUGUCUCCUUUCACAAUCCUUUUGCCCCUCUCUCUCUUCCCCUUCUACUGAAUCUUUAUUUUUAUUGUUUUUUCUGCAAGUCGUUUUUGGAAGCAAUCCACUUGGCAAAUCCAGUACCAUUACUGCGUAGCUUGAGGAUAUGGAGAUUGCCAUUACUGAGUCUAUGCAGACUCUGUCAAUCCAACCUUCUCUUGAAUCUGGUCCCAGUUCCAGAAAGGAGCAUAUAAACCCAGAAACUGAGCCAGAGCCACCACACGAGGCUCUGUUCCUCGUCUUGGCUUACCUUCCUGUGUUUGAGCUUCUUAAUAUGAGUGAAGUUUGCAUGUCAUUUAGGGAUGCAGUGAACAGGGAUGUAUUGACAUGGCUGGAUAUUAUCAUUGAUAGGCCUUUGAGCUCAUGGUUAUCUAAUGAGAUUCUGAUGAAAAUUACUUCAAAGGCAAAUUGUAGAUUGAGAACUUUAGUUCUCAGGAAUUGUGCAAAAAUAACAGAUGAUGGACUUCAAAGGAUCAUAGAGAAAAAUCCUUUUAUCAGCAAGCUCCACCUACCAGCAUGUACUGGCUUAACCCCUGAGGGAAUUAUCAGAGCUGUGAAGACGCUGACCCAAAAUCAAAACAACUUAAACAGUCUGCAGAUACACAAUAUCCACAACUUAAAGAAAGAACAUAUUGAAGCCCUUCGCUCCUAUCUUCAAAUCAAUCCAUUACAGAGAAAACCGCAGCUUAUUUUCUAUCAUCACUAUAGAACUUCUUCACCAUCAAGAAUUAGGAAAAUUGAUCGCAUACUUGAUGUGGAUAUAUGUCCAAAGUGCAAUGAGAUUACAAUGGUUUUUGACUGCUCAAGGAAAAUAUGCUGGCAGAAGAGAGACAGGCUGCUUACAGAUUGCAGGGGAUGCAACUUCUGCAUUCCUAGGUGUGAAGAGUGUGGAGGAUGUGUAGAUACUCGGGAACUAGAGGAGACUGCAUGUGGAGACAUAUUGUGUUCAAACUGUUGGCUUCAUCUUCCAAAAUGUAAUUAUUGCAACAAACCAUAUUGUAAGAGAGAUGCCAAUAAGCAGUUCAAUUCACCAGGUUGUACUACUGGGUUCAUUUGUGAAGCAUGCCAUGUGAGUUAUCAGACAGUCAAGCUUGACUUAUGUUUCUGUUGAAUAUAUACGAGCAAUAAUGUGUAGUACAUUUUUGUUUCAGUUACAAAUCAACGUGGUUACUUGUUUCAGAUGUUUUA